AUGGAUUUUGAUCUUUUUGACACCGAAACCGCCUUGAGAUUGUUACUAUCCAGCGCUGAAGCUAUUGAAGAUGGGGAUCUGAAACGUGCCGAUGAGUUGCUUCAGAAAAUCUUGAUUCUUGCUGAUCAGAGUACUUUCGGUUUUGGAGAUCAAAGAAGAGUGGUGAAAUACUUUGCGGACGCUCUGGUUCGCCGAGCCUACGGACUGCAUCCCGCUUCUUCCUACUUCACUUUCCCGGUGGAUCCUGCACCAUAUUAUCAUUAUAACAGCUACUAUAUUAAUUACGUCAUAAAAAAAGUUAUCGAUGAUGAAAAGAAUGCUUCGAAUGGAAACAGGCGAUUGCACCUCAUUGAUUUCCCCGUCCCGUAUGACAAUAACUAUUUUGAGGGUUCAGUUCUUCGUACACUAACGACCUUCUCCGGUGAUCCUCUACCCGUCCGUGUAAGUUACAUACUUCCACCCUUUCUGAAAAAAUAUGUAGAGUUCUCACGCAAAAUAAUGGAGUUUCUGACUAAGGAUGCCAUGAAUCUUAAUGUAAAGUUGGAGAAUGAGUUGAAAGUGGUUUACGCCAAUAGUUUGGCAGAAGUGGAUGAAGAUAAAUUAGAUUUCAAAACAAGAAGAGAAGAUGAAAUGGUGGUGGUUUACUACAAAUUUAAACUUCAUAAGUUGGUAAGAGAUGCAGAAGCAAUGAAAAGAGAGUUUGUAAGACUGAAGGAGAUAAAUCCGACGAUUGUAAUCAUGCUAGACUUCUAUUCUAAUCAUAGCGACUUCAAUUUCUUGACAUGUUUCAAGGAUUCAUUCCAGUAUUCCUCCAAUACUUGCACAUGCUGGGGGGAGGCGGACAGUGGUUUUGGUAGAAAUGAGUAUUGGUGGGAGUGCAACAGAGAUGCAUGCGAAGGUAAUAAUCUAAUUAGGCGGCACCAAACAUUGAGUGAAUGGCAACGUCUCUUUUCAAUGGGUGGUUUUAGUCGAAUUCCAUUAAACCACACGAAAGAUGAUCUUAGCAACGAGGAGGAAUGUUUGUUACUUACAGAGCGACAUAUUCUUGACAAUCAGACUUCCCUAAAAAUAAUGGGGAAGGAAGAAGAGUGUUUGAUUUUAGGUUACAAGGGAUGUCCAAUGUUUUUCUUAUCGGCAUGGAAACCCAAAGUUGAAGAUGGACACUUCAAUUCCACUUCCACCAACCAUCAGUUUCGACAAGAUUUCAAUCCAAAUCCUCUGCCUCUUCAACCUCUUCAACCUUUUUCGGAGGGUUUGAUAUUGAAUCGAUUAGCUGCACUUGCCGAGAUACAUGACAUAUCCAAAGAUUUAUGUUGUAAAUACAAGCUUUCAUUGGCUUUAACAUGGGCUUCUAAAGUUAACAAUAUGAAUGAAACUAUUUCGGAUCCAAACAAGAAACAUGCUUUUUUUAUCUAA